GAAAGUGAUGACAAAAACCAUCAUCCACUGUAUUUUCAAAGAGAAUGUUUAUUGGCAUCCAUUACUACAUUAUUCUAUUUCCAUUCUUGAUUCCUUGUGGGAAAAAUAUGGAAGUUCUAGCCCCAGUCAUAGACGGAUGUCAAGAUCUCAUACAUAAACAUUUUUGCAGCUACGAAAUGUAUAAAUUGCACCCUCUUCCCGGCAGGCAUUGAAGACAACAUACAAUAAAAUCAUUAAAACCGUCACAUAAAACAGAGAGUGGAAACAAAACAAAAUGAAACAGAAGCGUGCAGUAAAACCUAAGAAUGGCAGUAAAAUUAAAAGUAAAGGGUGACAGGACUUUAAACAAUAUUAAAUCUUGGGCAGAACAGAAGCUGCUCUUUGCUGCACAUUUGAAGCCAAAAUAAGGAAGGAGCCAAUCUAAAUUCAUCCCACUCUUUGUGGUAUCUAAUUCUCCAAAUAUUGCAAGCAUUGGAAUAUAAGAAGGAAAUCAUUAGAGCAUUUUCUUAGACAAAAAUUCAAAUUGGGAACACUUGAGGAGGGUUGAGGAGGCACAGAAAAUAUUGACCUUCUUUAUAAGAGCGAUGCAUAAUGUAUAUAGGAUGGGGGAAUGGUUGAUUCUGGUCUGCUUACCCCCACUCAUCCCUGGGGAACAACAGGGAGAGAGAGGGAGAGAUUAUUGUCCUGCUAAACCACAUUAGCGCUAUUCACAUCUGGAGAGCGCAGGAGUCUAAAGAAUGAGGCACGCACAAAGAGCAAGGGAUGGGGAGAGGAGAGUCACGGGAAAGACACAGGAGCGGCUUGCUGCCUUGAGCUGUGCUCACCACUGAAAACACGGCUGCACACUAUUCCUGGCACUGUCUCGGUGCCAGGGCUGUUUAAAAUUGCUCUCUUCUGCCUCUCUCUCCCUCUCCCCCUUCUCUUAUAUACAUCAAUCAGGCUCCUCCUCUCUCUCGCAUCAACAUGAGGCAAGUUUCCACUUUGUGUUUUUAGUAGCAGCUUUGUGCUCGCGCUGCCCAGCUGCAACGUGCCAGUCACACCCUCGGCACGGAGGCAGCCCUUUCUAGACAAGCCUUCCUUGAUGCUGGGUACCAGCUGGGGCUCAAGCAUCCUUAAGUGAGCACCUUCAGCAGCCUUGGGAUCAGCCUUCUCUCCAGCAAGAACGACAUGCACCUUAACACAACUUCGUCCCUGUACCAGCUGGGAUACCUUAUGGGUCAGUUUCACUUGCAGCCUACCGGCUCAGCUCUGCCUACCUCCGGGAAUGUCUCCAACAGUUCAGAGUCUGGGUCCCGGAUGCCCAACGAGGAGGAUCUGGACGUGAACACAGACAUCUACUCCAAAGUCAUGGUCACCAUCAUCUACUUGGUGCUCUUCUUGGUGGGGACCAUCGGCAACUCCAUCACUGCCUACACCUUGGUGCGGAAGAAGUCCUUGCAGAACCUUCAAAGCACUGUGCAUUAUCACCUGGCCAGCCUGGCAUUCUCCGACCUGCUCAUCUUCCUCCUCUGCAUGCCCAUCGAACUGUACAACUUCAUCUGGGUACAUCACCCUUGGGCUUUUGGCAACGACAUCUGCAAGGGCUACUACUUCCUGAGGGAUGCCUGCACCUAUGCCACAGCUCUCAACAUUGCCAGCCUCAGCGUCGAAAGGUACAUGGCCAUUUGCCACCCUUUCAAAGCCAAGAGCAUCAUGUCCCGAAGCAGGACCAAAAAAUUCAUCAGCUGCAUUUGGGUGGCUUCGUUUCUGCUGGCUAUUCCGAUGAUUGUGACCAUGGGACAGGUGUACAAGGUACCCCAAGAUCCAGACUCAUUCAUCUGCACCCAGAUAGUGGAAGCUUCCACUCUGAAAGUUGUCAUCCAGGUCAAUGCUUUCAUCUCCUUUGUGUUCCCGAUGAUUAUCAUCUCCGUGUUGAACACCAUUAUCGCCAACCAACUUAUCAUCAUGUUCAAGCAAGCCGCACAAGAAAACCAGGUGUGCACUAUUGGAGGGCAACAAACCAUGCUCAGCAUGUCUAUGGAACCAGGGCGCGUACAAGCCCUGAAGCACGGCGUUCGAGUCUUACGAGCCGUCGUGAUUGCCUUUGUGGUCUGCUGGCUUCCCUAUCAUGUACGGAGACUCAUGUACUGCUAUGUGCCAGAAGAUCAGUGGACAGACUUCCUUUAUGACUUCUAUCACUACUUCUACAUGCUGACAAACAUCCUCUUCUAUGUGAGUUCAGCCAUCAACCCAGUCCUAUACAACUUGGUGUCUGCCAACUUCCGCCAAACCUUCCUCUCGACGCUCUUGUUCAUGUGCCUGCCAUGGAGAAAGAAGAAGAAGCGAACCAAGUUCAACCGGAAGUCCAACAGUAUCUCCAGCAACCAUACCUUUUCUAGCCAAGUCACCAGAGAAACCACAUAUUGAGACCUGGGCGCAACCCAGGAAGGAAACAAUAAGUGUCUCAAUUCAUGACAGAAGUUGGAACUUGGGAAGAGGGCUGUCCUGCUUUAAAACAUGGCCUCCAAAUUCACCAUAGCAUGAAUGUGUUUAGCUGGUUGUCAUACAUUGGGACGAGUAGGUGUCUGCUCUACAAGGUUAACCAUGGGGUUAUGUUGUCGCAUUGGCUUCUGCCUAUUGUGCGUAAUGUCUCAAUAUUUGUAAUUUUGAUCCAGCAUAGACGUCGCCUGUGGUGUCAUCCAGAAAGCUGUCAAUGUUGGCCAAGCUUGAGCGCUUCUUGUGCUGCGGUCCAUCCAUUUCUCACUUUAGAAGUGCCAUGGAAACACUGAAAAAUAAGGACUAAGACCAUUGAUUCUGGUGGUCUUGAAGAGACAAAAUAGUAUGGAGGCUGGGUAGGUAUUGUGGUGGGGAGGGGUCUUUUCUUUUCGUGAAAUUGGGUGUUGUUUUUUAGGGGGGAAGGGGAAGUUAUUCAUUAAGAUUUUAAAGAAAGAGGAAUGUAAACUGUUCAAUAAAGAAGGGCAUGCAAUACUCA